AUGUGGAAUCAUGGCGACAACAACCCUGCAAGCUGUUCAAGGAUGUCAGUGUCGGCUUCCUUUCCGGUAUUGAAAUGGCCAUCCGACUAUGCUUUUUAUUUAGGAUUGGUCCCCACUAUUGGCUAUGAGUGUAACUGUGUUAUUGGAAGCAAAUUCUUUGUUCUUGCAGCAAAACAUGGAACUGUUAUUCAUGCUUGCAAACUGUUUGAGAAAUUGCCUUAUAGAGAGGUUGUGAUAUGGUCAAAGGUAUUUAAGAACGUUGCUUGCUUUUGCUCAAUUAAUUUGGUUUCCUACUUCUUCCCAUACUCUUUGCUUGUUGUUCGCUUGGUUUUCACUUUUCAAAAUCACCAAGCUUGUCCUAAUGUAGAGCUCAUGAGCACUAUUACGUUUUCACAUGCUAAGGGUUCUCUUCAAAUUUUCAUUGACUUACAAGAUACUCAAACAAAACAUCAAGCAACACAUCUCUCCACCAAAGAAAACAAUAUCGGAAAUGCUGUUGCCGCUCUUAUGGCAGAUUUUGCUCCUAAGACAAAGGUUCUUAGAAAUGGUAAAUGGUGCGAGAAAGAAGCUCCAAUCUUAGUUCCAGGUGAUAUCACUAGCAUCAAACUUUGUGACAUAAUACCAUUAUAUGCUCGUCUUCUAGAAGGUGAUCUUUUAAAGGUUAACCAAGCAACAUUAACAGGAAAAUCACUUCCGGUCACUCGACAUCCAGAACAAAAAGUUUUCUCAUAUUCAACUUGCAAACAAGGAGAAAAUGAAGUCAUUUUUAUUGCAACCACUGUUCACACAUUCAUCAGAAGAGCAACACAUUUGGUUGACAAUAUAAACAAUGUUGGACAAUUCCAUAUGGUUCUCAAAUCAACUGAAAAUUUUUGUACCUGUUCUAUUACAGUUGUAAUUUUGAUUGGUAGAAUUCCUAUUAUUAUGACAACUAUUUUAUUUGUGUCAAGGGCUAUUGGUUCUCAUAAAUUUUCUGAACAAGGUGCUACUACAAAAAGCAUAAUUGCCAUUGAGGAAAUAGCUGGUGUAGCCAUUCUUGACAGUGGAAAGACAGAGACUUUUACAUUUACCACAUUGCUCAUUGAUAUGGACUUGAUUAAAGUUUUUAUUAAGGGUAUAUAUGGAACUUGUGAUUCCUCUUGUUGCUAG